UCCUCGACUCCUCCGCUUCAAAGUAGCAACCAAGCAAGAACAAUACCCACUACCAUCUAGGCAUCUCAACCAUCCCUGCAACCGAUCUGGCUGCCUUGAGUCACACACCCAAUAUAUAUACAUCUUCCUCCUCCACACAAAUCAAAAUGUCUGCUCCAUCACUGUUGCGACAAGCUACCCAGAAGAACAUGUCCAUCACUCAGACCUACUACCUGGCCCACAAGGCCCGAGCAAAGCUCUCUCGCGAGGCUGCUCAACCCGAUCACGAUCUCCGCCUCCUGGUUGGACACGCUAACCUCCUCGACUCUCUGAUGCUUGAACUUGCCGAGGCCGAGCGAGAGCAGGAGCGAUGGUUCAACCAGUCUGUCCGCAACUCAAAGGCCACCUCGGCCGCCAACAACAAGCGACACAUCCAGUGGGCCGAUCGGAUCGAAGAGGAGGCUGUCGAUGAGGAGGAAUACGACUCCGACUCUUCAGUCGACUCUGACGACGAAUCCGACUACGACGAGAUGGAGGAGAACACCCGCACCACAAUCACCCCCACCUCCACAAUCAAGGUUGUCGAGGACGAGGUCAUGGCUGACGACGAUCUCGAGGAGGACUACGCUCAGCUCGGCCUUGUUCGAACUCCCUCUCACUCCAACUCCCCUCCGGAGCUGGUUGACCACGAAUCCGAUGAGUCUUCUGACGACGAGGCCAUGCCCCCAUCACCUGUCGAUGCCGAGCUGCCUCUUCCCGAGAAGUCAGAACAAGAGAGCGAAGAAUCAUAUUACCAAGAAGAGGACUUUUACCUGGGCCGACGAUCACCUGCCGGCCUGGUGUCUGCUAUCUCAGUCUACUAAAGCAGCAACCGAUACCUCUUUCUUGUACAACACUUUUAAUUGAUUCUUACGACUUUUUUUGAUCUGCAUUAGCGAAUUGGCAUGGCUUGGCACGGCGCUUUCUGGAUAUCUCCUACAUCAUGAUACCCCGAGAGGGAAAAUAUAAAAGGCAUUCGGCGUUUCUUUCUUUCUACAUUUAGCACUCUUUUCUUUCCUUUGUUCAAUCAUUAUACACCAUAGAGAUUCACAGCUCAACGUCUUUUCUUUACAAUCAUGGCAAUGCGAGGGGGAUGGGAUGAGCAUUGGUGGGCCGCUCCCUGGAACUGGUCUUCCUUUGGUCGAGUGGACCGCCUUACCAAGAGUAGUAGCACUCAAAGAGAGGAAAUCGAAUAGCGAUUUCACUUCUCGAUUACCAAAUACAAAAACCGUUACAAACUCAUUUCUAAUUGCC